UUCCCACCGGUUGGGAACCACUGCUAGCUACUGCAACAGUCUUCGAAUAUAUUAUACCGUAACUUAGCGCGAUGGUAUUCAAUCUGAAGCCUAGGCGUCAGUCAAACCGACGAUCAAAGAGACAAUAUUAUAGAUAUGAUUUCCGAGCAAUCAACGAACAACAAGUAGAAGAUAUAACUCUUGAAUUUUUCUACAAACCACAUUCCAUCACUCUACUUCUUGUUCUUGUUAUUGCUUUUUUGUAUAUUGGAUUAACUAGAGAUGACAGUGUUGGAGAAAAAAAUCUCUGGUUCGGUUGUUGCGGAGUUAUAUUUUUCUUUUCCAUUAUAAGCAUACUCGCUUUUCCUAACGGGCCAUUCACAAGACCUCAUCCUGCGAUAUGGAGAGUAUUUUUUGGAUUCAGCGUCUUGUAUUUAUUAUUUCUUGUCUUUACGUUGUUUUUAAACUUGGGUCAAGUCAAAAUGAUAAUGUAUUGGUUGGACCCAGAGGUUCGACAUGCCAAAAGGGAGGUUGACACCGUGGAGGAAUAUGCAGUCAAUUGCUCUGAUGUAAGUUUGGAACGAAUAUAUUCUAGUCUGGAUGUUUUUGCAUUUGGUCAUAUUGCUGGUUGGGCAUUGAAGGCUGUUCUUAUUCGAAGCUACAGCAUGUGUUGGACCAUAAGCAUCAUGUGGGAACUCACAGAAUUAUUCUUCAUGCAUUUGCUGCCAAAUUUUCAAGAAUGUUGGUGGGACCAACUUCUGCUUGAUAUUAUGUUAUGCAACGGAGUUGGAAUAUACAUCGGCAUCAAAACUUGCAGAUUUCUUGAAAUGAGAGAGUAUCGAUGGGAGUCUAUAAAAGACAUUCAUACCACCACUGGAAAACUAAGGCGUGCAGUUCUCCAGUUCACUCCAGCCAAUUGGUUUCCAGUUCGUUGGCUUGAUCCUGAAUGUCAUUUUAUGAGAGUUCUUGGUGUUUAUAUCCUCAUGAUAAUAUGGCAGAUGGCAGAGCUUAACACAUUUUUCUUGAAACAUUUUCUUCGAUUUCCUGCCAGUCACAUCUUUUGCUGGGGUAGGAUUCUCUUGAUUGGAAUAAUUACAGCACCGGCUAUCAGGCAAUAUUAUGUGUACAUUACUGACAAAAGAUGCAAAAGGGUUGGGAACCACACAUGGGUUUAUGUUGCGAUCAUGUGUCUAGAAACGAUUAUUUCAUUAAAAUUUGGAGCUGAGGAAUUUACCAGGACACAAAUGCUCAACAUUGCUGGAUGGUUGGUUGUCAUGCUGCUGCUGACAUUGUUGAGUUUGUAUGUUAUGUUGCUACUGUCAAAACUGGGAAUUGGUAAGGAUGUUGAGGUAUAUGAUGGAGAAUUAUCUGGACCGGAAUUUCCAAAGACUGAAAGCAGUUGUGCAAGUAGCAGUGAAGGUGCAGAUGAAGAAAAUGAAUCUGAAUCAGAAAAGAGAACAGUUAAAAACAACUCAAAUGGUCAAGGCAAAACUUACUCUCUGAGAAACAUAACGAAGCGGCAGAACUUCAGUUCUGCUGUAAGUCAUGCCAGGUUUGGAAAAUAAUAAAUAUUGCUCACAAAAUCGUAUACAUUCUUCAAAAUAUGCAGACUCCACACAAUAAUUACCUAAAGAGCUGACUUGAUCUUGUUAUCGUUUCGUUAAAUUCUCGUCAGAUUUGUCGGUUGGACAUAAUCAUUUCUACUUUGAUAAGUUCUAUUUUCUACAUUUCUUGUUUCAUGAUAUAGUAUCGGAAUGACCAACAUGCAAAACAUCAUUCAUUAUUGCUUGUUUUCAACUUUGACAAUAAUAGUAGGUGUAAAAACUAGGGCUGGGAAUGGUUAAUCUGUUAACCGAUUCUAGAUGGUUAAAGGUUACGAUUUAUUUUAACCGUUAACUGACAUCUCAGGUGCAAAUCAUCUUUAUAAUGUACAAUUUCUUCAGAAAUGAUUACUUCAUCGCAAAUUUAUCUCUUGUAGCGCUUAAUUUAAAAGAAUAUCACUAGCUGUAUUUGUAAUCUAAAGACCCAAUAAAUGUGAAAAAUAAUUGAAGUACCAAGAUUGCUGAUUAUGAAAAUUUGACAAUGAUAAAUUCAUGAUCAGUUUUCGGUAAAAGCAUAUUCUUUGGUAAAAAUAUACUGUUUUCUUGCAAAAUCGUCUAUUCAAUGUGCGCAGUUGAUGCUGUACGAAACGAUCCAGAUUGGUCAAUAAUUUCGAGAGAUUCCAGAAUAAGAUCACUCGAAAUUAAUUUGUAACCAUUGUGACGUGAUAAGCUAAAAUACCAAAUUAUUACGUCAAUUAUAGCCCUGCGGUUAACUGGUUAAUUUUCCCCGGUUAAAGUGUUUUCCUGAAAUUCCCAGCCCUAGUAAGAACACAUUAGUAUUGCCACAUUAGAUUGGUCGAUCAUAUAGUUAUUUCUGGUAUCAAGGGAGUGAACAACUGAUUUUUGAUUUUUCAAACCUCUUUGUUGAUGAAUAUUUAUUUAAUUUAUUAAUAAUUUUUCGCGAUUUUGGGAUCCAAAUUUUUCAAUAUAGACUCAAUAUUGCAACAUACCCUCUAACAAAUCUCUUUCUUACCCAUUUAAUUAUCGGUACCAAAGCUAUCAAACCACCUUUGUUACACAUGACAACGAUUGUUUUUUUAUACAUUUAUCAUCUUUUAUUGCAUUUCGAUUUUCUUCACUGGUGUACUUUUAUAUCAUGAUUUGUACACAACUUCAAAAUGUCUGAAAACUACCUCCUACAGAGAGGACACUGCUCGGGUACUUUAAGAAGUAUACUCAUCAGUAGUGUUCAGAAAAAAAAAAACAAUCAUGGUCGUUUAUCAAUUAUCCCAGGGGUCGGCCACCUACGGAGCACUAUAACCCGCCCCGCGACGCUUCACUAAAUUAUAGUAACAAAACAUCCGUUUUGACGAAUAUAUUCUUUAGACUAAAUUAUAUUAUAACCUAACAAUUAUAUAUUUCACAAUUACUCGUGUAAUGAGCAUAUAAUUUAAUAAUAAUUAAGCAAAUGGCAACAAAACGCAGAAAAGUUGAUGCUAAGUGCAGAGGGUUCAAUGCCGCUGAAAGUAUUCAAAUGGAAUUUUAUGAGAUGCAAUGAGGAAAUAAAUCCAUAUUCUAUUCGAGAAAUGUAUCACUGCUUGAUUUUUAAUAUAAAAAGUACCAUCCGUUUGGUUUUUCAACUUUCUAAAAAUACGUGCGGCCCGCCAAUGACUUGCAACCUUAAUUUUGGCCCGCGAGCGACAAAAGGUUGCCGACCCCUGAUUAAGCCUUUCGUUUCAAGUAUUUUUUUCAUAUUGCAUAUUUACUACUGAUUUGUAAGCAAAUAAGUUUGCUGGGAGUAUGUGAUGUAUUUUCGAACAUCUGAUGAUUUCAGAAUCGAAUAUUUUUCGAAUCUAAUCUCGAAUACUUGGAAGAUGUUGAGCUUAUUAUAACGUCAUUGUAUGCGACUUUUUUAUUGUAAUGGGUCCUCCAUACACAUAAAUCAAUGAAAACAUAAAAUCCAUCACCCAGUCAGUUCGCGGAGUUGCCACAUACAAUAGGAAACGUGUUUCAUGGAUAGGAAGAAAACAGUCGUAUGUCGGAUUUGCAUUUCUGAAAAAUGACUUCAAUAAAAAAAUUGAGCAGUUCACUGAAAUAGCAGAAUGGCGGUGAUUCGAAAUUUCUGUCUGGACCGAUUCGAAUAAUUUACUAUUCGAUUCGAAAUGACCAGCCCAAGUAUUAAUAGGCGCUUUCGUACUGUGGUAUUCUCACCCCGAAUACAUGAAGCAAUUUAUAUGGAAA